AUGAAAUAUUCAUUUACUUUAAUCAUUGUUUUAUUAUCAUUACUUUCAUUAUGUAAUUUAUCAAAUUCUCAAAUGUUUGGUCAAAAAUGCAAUUUACCACCAAUUUCACAAACUCUUGAUAAUGGUUCACAAGUUGUUAUCUUAUUAGCAGAAUUAUUACAAAAUGAUAAAGUUAUAAGUUCAUAUAAUAAUACAUUUUCAAAAGGAACUGGUUCAACAUUUUUCAGUGAUCCAAAUAAUGUUUGUGUUUUUAAUUCUGGUGAAAAUCUUCAUAUUGAAUAUAAAGUUGUUAGUGGUAGUAGUGGUACUUUUUAUUAUGAAGAUUGUAAAAGCAAUGAUUCAAUUCCCACUAGUUCAAGUACUGUUAAAUUAUAUAAUGGUGGUUUUGUUUUUAUGGGUAGUAAAUUUACAUAUCAAUAUAAAUUAACUUUAAAAACAAAUUAA